UGACUUCCCUGUGUAAAUAUAGCUUUUUUAUACAACAAGGAAUUCUAUUUUUACAGAAGUACAAGUAAAAUGGCAAGUGACGUAAGCCUCUCUGAUUGUGAAAUGGAUAGUUGGGAAGACAAUGAGGACUGGACAAGCACCGAGUGGGCAGAUCCUAACAACGACAAGAAAAAUGUAACUCCGUUAUUACAUCCAGGGUCGCAUCAGAACAGCAGUGCCGAAAGCCAAAACUUGAAACUGAAAGCUUUACAAUCAGCCAGCAACUUGGCAAGUGCACCUGAUGGGAGCACUUUAGUGAAAAGAAUGUUAUUGAAUGACAACAAGGCAGGUAUGGAAGGUCUUGAUAAAGAAAGAAUCAACCAAAUUAUACAUGAAGCUUCAAAAG